AUGGCGACCGAGCAAAAGAAGGAAGCGUUCAGAAAGUACCUCGAGUCCGCGGGCGUCAUCGACUCCCUCACGAAGGUUCUCGUGUCCCUGUACGAGGAGCCGGACAAGCCCGCGACGGCCAUCGAGCGCGUCCCCGCCCGUCCCGUCCCGCGUCGCGCGCGUCCCUCGCCUCGUCCGAAACGUGCCGGUCGUCCUUCUUCGCCCGAAAUGGAUUAA